ACCAUGGCUGACAGAGCUGCUGCUGAAAGGGCUUGUAAAGACCCCAACCCCAUCAUCGAUGGCCGGAAAGCCAACGUGAACCUGGCGUACCUGGGUGCCAAACCACGGAUAAUGCAGCCAGGUUUUGCCUUUGGUGUCCAGCAGCUUCAUCCAGCUCUCAUUCAGAGGCCUUUUGGGAUACCUGCUCACUAUGUCUAUCCACAGGCUUUUGUGCAGCCCGGAGUGGUAAUUCCCCACGUUCAGCCCGCGGCGGCUGCUGCUUCCACUACGCCCUACAUU